GAAUCAGCCGCACUAAUCUGUUUCGCCCAGUGAAAGACGGAGGCCUCGGCCUUUCUCAUCUGUUCAUCCGACAAAUUGUGUCGCGUUUUAUGUUCCUGCGGGACACGAGAGACCCGUUUUUGAGAGCGAUGAUGCAAAUGCGCCUUAAGAAUGUACUGCCCGAAUUUGUUGUGUCUAGUGCGGCUGCAAUCGACUGUGGUGUAAAAGGUUACUUCAGGGAAUUAGUCACGUCGUUUAGGAUGCUUAAAACACGCUUCUCAUUUGAGUACCUGAGCCUUGUACCGAGAAAGAGACUAUAUAAAGAUUUAAUCGAUGUAAUGAUGCCAGUACCAUUAUACAGAUCGCCAAGCAUUGCAGGCCCAGGACAAGAUGUAUUAAAAAGAGUUCGAAAAAUGACUGUUAGAGGAGCUGUUAAAACAUUCUUUUUCAAAUUGCAUACAAACACACUCCCUGUAAAAACAUGGCUCGAUGAAAAGGGAAUAUUUGUACCGUGGACAACAAACUGCCUUUUGUGCAAGAAACCAGAAACAAUCGAACACGCGUUCAUUGAUUGUUUGGAUCCUGUCUUUUUUUGGGAUGUUUUGCAACGAACCCUGAAGAAAGACUUACCGAUAACACCACACGGAAUUCGAUAUCUCUCAGUACAGAAUGAAAACAGCUUCCCCUAUGACAUGAUCAUGAUACUGGGGCUACAUAGCCUUUGGAUCACAAGAAUGGGAGUCAGGCACGCAGACCCCAAGGCAAAGUCAGCCAGAGAAAACUUUAUAGAGAGCAUAACCUACAUGCGCGAGGUAUAUAGUACUUUAACCGAGCCACCAGCAUGGAUUUGGGUACUUGAUGAGUUGGUACGGAUGAAAAAUUUUUAAUUAACCACACUGGUCAAGCAGACCAAGGUGGGUUUUAUG